CUCGUGACCACCUCUGCUUUACGCGGCCUUUGUCCUUUGCGCCACCUUCCCCAUCCAGCCAUCCUUAUAGCGCUCGAUGCCCUCGCGCUCUCGCCUCUGCACUGCACGUAGCCGUAUCACACCGCACACAGUACACUCACUCAUCCUCCUCCUCGCACCAACACGCCACCUUCGGCUUGCUUUGCGUGUGCAGCUGCGAGUGCAUCGCAUUGCGCAGCUACCCAGUAGCUAGCUAGCUAGCUAGGGGUUAGCAGAUGGCGAGCAGCGCGGGGGAUCGCUUCCUGAGGCAGCUGAGCGCGAGCAACGGCGGCGGCGGCUACGACGGGGGAUGCGGGCUGCAGGACCAGCAGGAGUGCGGCGGCGGCGGGAGGAGGGGCUCCCGGCGGUGGUCCAAGAAGCGGGCCGCCGCGGCGAGGGACUAUGGCGCCGGCGCCAAUGGCUACGGCGGCAUGAAACAGGGGGACGCUGCCUCCGCGGCGAGGAAGCGGGUGAUGGUGGUGGUGGACGAGAGCUCCGGCGCCAAGCACGCCAUGAUGUGGGCGCUCACCCACGUCGCCAACAAGGGGGACUUCCUCACGCUGCUCCACGUCCUGCCGCACUCCGGCAGCGGCAGGGGCGAGGAGGCAUCGUCCCUCGCCAACUCGCUCGGCACGCUCUGCAAGGCCAGUAGGCCCGAGGUGGAGGUUGAAGCGCUUGUGAUCCAAGGGCCCAAGCUGGCCACGGUCCUCAGCCAGGUGAAGAAGCUGGAGGCCUCCGUGCUGGUGCUCAGCCAGUGCAGGCCAUCUCCCUACUGCUGGUUAAGCUGCCUCCUGCGGAGCAGCAGCGAGGAGUUUGUGGAGCAGUGCAUCAACCAGGCGGAGUGCCUGACGCUGGCGGUGAGGAAGCAGAGCAAGGGCGUCGGUGGGUACCUCAUCAGCACCCGGUGGCAGAAGAACUUCUGGCUCCUGGCCUGAAAACCAUGUUAUUAUAGCCUUAGUCACUACUAUAUGAUCACAUUUUACUCCCCAUAUAUCUGCUGUCAUUUCGUUUGUCCCUGCCUUGUCGGUGUAUGUGUGAGUGGAUUGUUCCGCUUCCUCCUGUUGUAAAGCGAAAAGAGCCUUAGAUCUGACCCUUCCCCCAACAAAACUAUGUACGUCUCCUCUCUGGUUUGUAAUCUGUAAUGUACUCUCCUGUAAUGCUGCAUAAAUGACCAGUCCUGUUGUAAUACUCCUAUGUUA